UCUACUUUUAUUUCGUAUUAUUUAAUUUUCCUCAAAAAUGUCCGACGACAUGUCUGGGGGGGACAAUUUGGGGGACAUAAAUGUCACUUUGAUGACAUUGAGGAAGCCUACAGAGCUGAAGAAGAUCAUAGACUCAGUGCCGAAGCCUUUGAGGUCUGUGCCUAAGAAUGGGCUGCCGCUGUGGUACAGGCUUGGGCUGGAGUGUAAACUGCCGGUGCCGAAGAUGCCAGCUGGGAAGAUCACGUUUUCCAGGGGGAGGAUUGGAGAAGAUGUCCGCCGCGUAGGCCUCGGCAACAGCAACUUCAAGCAGACCUUCGACCUCACCGAUCCCUACUGCAACAACGUCUCAUACGACUAUGUUCCCAUGCACGACCCCCACCUAGCCUACUACUUCGCUCAGAAAGCUGCCAAGAAGAGGAUGAAGCAACUAGGCUUCUGUACGCAAGAUGGCAGGGCUGUGUGCUCGCUGAAAGACUUCAACCAGUAUAGGAAGUAUCUGUAUAACCAGUUCAUGGACCAGAUACAUCAAGUCAUGAAGGUUAUCGACGAGCGGCAUCGUGACGACCUGACCAUGAAACGCGUGGAGAACGACGUGGCGCGCCGGCUGGACAUCUUCAACAGAUCGGAGCGAGCCAGGGAACACCUGGAGAAGGUGGCUAGGGAAAACGCUGCGGAAUUUGCGGAAAAGAGACGGCUAGCCAAAGAACAAGAGCUGAAGAUCCAGAUGCGUAUGAACUACCUGCAAGAGUACAACGAGCGCAUGCGCAAAGAGCGAGCGAAGCGAGCGCAUGAGAAGGCUUCACGAAUCAGGCAGCGGGUAGAGGCGGCCGCUGAGCUGGAGCUUAAGAGGAAGAUCACCAUGGUCCGGCAGUGGAGGGUUAACGAGAAGAACCGCCUACGGCGCCUUAAACAGGAGAGGGAAGCGAGAGCCAAAUUUAAGGAGAACGAGGCUUCCAGAAAAUGGAACGCGCGCGUGCAAGCCCAGAACGAUAAGAUACAAGAAGAGGCGAUGCUGCUCAAGAUAUACCAGGAGGACAUGAACGCAGGUGCACAGAGGAGGAUCAAGAAAUCAGAACAGCACGCGUACAACACCGACCUGCAGCUGCAAUGCAUUAGACUGAAGAAUCUGAAGGAGGCCCACGGCGGCACCGCCAAGGCGGUCAAGCUUGUCAGAAAGAUGGGCGUUGAGUUUGAGAAGUCAAAGCGUGGCACCAAAGGCAUGAGCCCCGAAUACGCGCAAGAAGCAGCCAUAGAAGCUAUGAACACGGCCUUGUCCACUACUGGUGACAAUUUGAUGAACCUCGGACAGGCUCGCAUUCGUAUGGACAUGGGAGUGGUGCUACCGUCAGCACCUGUCAAGGUUUUGGAGGAGGUCCUACAAACGGUGGUGAUGGAGUUCGCGCGGCGCCGCACGCACGCGCUCAUGCGAGACGUGGAACGCUCGGUGCGCGAGCACGCCGCCGUCAGCUUCUUCAGGGACUACCGCCCGCCACCGAAGAAACGAGGUUCGAAGGAGCCACGCUGGCACGCUUUGACCGAGGAGCUGGCCAAGCACCAAAAGAGCCAGAGCGAUGCUUCCAUCCAAUUUGGAAAGGUCACGGUCAUCCCGCCUGACAGUACGACUGAUCAAGACAUGAAGCCUGUGUACAACAGGCCUCCUACACCUAUGCCGUCCAUGACGAAACUAGCCGAGCUGACGUUUACGGACAAACUGGAUGAUCUCACGGACCCCGUGGCCAUUGGACAGUAUCUGCCUGAGCGACUCAAGUUGUUGGAGAAUGUUACCAUGGAAUGGGGUGAGGCUGUCGAGGGCCUGACCUGUGCGGUGGUAAACAACGGCGUAUACCUAUCCAACCCGGACGUGCGUCAGUGCAGCGAGUUCCUCGCCCAGCGAGUACUCAGCUCGCUACAGAAGGAGAUGAAAGAAGAGAAGAAGAGGCUGAAAAUGGCUCUAGAAGGCAAGGAGCCAGAAAACCAGGACCAAAAGGACUUUUACGUGCCCGAUAAAGUGGAGAAACCCAAUUAAGGACCUGUCACACCGCCUUUGACUCAAUUGACAAGGUGUCUACAGACCCAAUAAUACUUAUCUUUUAAUUUGCUCAGUUCAUUCGGUCCGGAGCGGUGAAUUUUACAAAUUAUAGCGUGUGAAAAUGCUGAUAUUUGAUAAAAUUUAUGGAUUUGAAGUGUUUUAUGUCUUUGCAGAAGAAUUUUUGUAUAAAUCAUUUACAAAAACUUCAGUUUAUUGAUAUUCGAGAGCGUUUUUUAAUACACUUUUA